UACACACAAAAAAAAAGGAGUCGAGCCUGAUUGCCUAUAAAUACACAUUAAGGUGAGGACAUGCCAGUUCAAAAUCUCACAGUCACACAAGCGAUUUAAUCAGCCUCGUAGGAAGCAAGCGCCACAAGGAUGAGUUCUGUGGUGAAGAAGCCGUUGGGAGGGAACACCGAUACUGGUGACCAUCACAACCAGAAGACGGAGUGGCCAGAGUUGGUGGGGAAGUCGGUGGAGGAGGCCAAGAAGGUGAUUUUGCAGGACAAGUCAGAGGCACAGAUCGUAGUUCUACCGGUGGGGACAAUUGUGACCAUGGAAUAUCGAAUCGACCGUGUCCGCCUCUUUGUUGACAGUCUCGACAAAAUUGCCCAGGUCCCCAGGGUCGGCUAGCAAGCUUAAGAGCUAGCCUGCUCCUGGCGUAUAUGUAUUGUAGCUUCAUAAUCUCUUCUUGGAUAUAGCAAGAUUGAGAUAUAUAGAUCAUAUACAAUAAGAGUUGACGCAUGGUAAGUGAAUGGACAAUAGAAUAAGCCAGAGAGCGCGUAAUAUGGUUAUGGUUUGUAUGUAAGCGUGCUUGGUGUCAUAUAUCUGUUUACAUAUGGAUACCAUACACUCCAUCCGUUCUAAAUAUUAGUCCUUUAGAGAUUUCAAUAAGGACUACAUGGGAUGUAUAUAGGCAUAUUUUAGAGUGUAGGUUCACUCA